AUGUCUACGGCCACUGUGAACGGCACGACAGGCAAGGGCCUGUCUGCCAACGACAACAUCACCCGUUUUGCCGCUCCCAGCCGGGCUCUCAGCCCUCUCCCCAGCCAUGCCCUGUUCAACGACAAGACGCGAUGCUUCGUUUACGGCAUGCAGCCCCGUGCCGUCCAGGGCAUGCUGGACUUCGACUUCAUCUGCAAGCGAUCCACACCGUCCGUCGCCGGCAUCAUCUACACUUUCGGCGGUCAGUUCGUGAGCAAGAUGUACUGGGGCACCAGCGAGACCCUCCUGCCCGUCUACCAGGAGGUCGACAAGGCCACGGCCAAGCACCCUGACGUUGAUGUUGUCGUCAACUUCGCCUCCUCCCGAAGUGUCUACAGCUCCACCAUGGAGCUGAUGCAGCACCCCCAGAUCAAGACUAUCGCCAUCAUUGCUGAGGGUGUGCCAGAGCGACGUGCUCGUGAGAUCGCCCACGUCGCCCAGCAGAGGGGCGUGACCAUCAUUGGUCCCGCUACUGUUGGUGGUAUCAAGCCCGGCUGCUUCAAGAUCGGUAACACUGGUGGUAUGAUGGACAACAUCGUUGCUUCCAAGCUGUACCGCAAGGGCUCCGUUGGCUACGUCUCCAAGUCUGGUGGUAUGUCCAACGAGCUGAACAACAUCAUCUCCAACAACACGGAUGGCGUCUACGAGGGUGUGGCCAUUGGCGGUGACAGGUAUCCCGGAACCACUUUCAUCGACCACUUGCUGAGGUACCAGGCCGACCCCGAGUGCAAGAUCCUGGUGCUCCUGGGUGAGGUUGGUGGUGUGGAGGAGUACAAGGUGGUCGAGGCCGUCAAGCAGGGUAUCAUCACCAAGCCAAUCGUCGCCUGGGCCAUUGGUACCUGCGCGAGCAUGUUCAAGACCGAGGUCCAGUUCGGACACGCCGGUUCUUUCGCCAACUCUCAGCUCGAGACUGCCGCCAUGAAGAACAAGAAGAUGGCCGAGGCUGGCUUCCACGUCCCCAACACCUUCGAGGCCAUGCCCGAGGUCCUGAAGAAGGUCUACGACGAUCUCGUUGCCAAGGGCACAAUCCAGCCCCAGGCUGAGCCCGCUGUGCCCAAGAUCCCCAUGGACUACUCCUGGGCGCAAGAGCUCGGCCUUAUCCGAAAGCCUGCUGCUUUCAUCUCCACCAUCUCCGACGACCGUGGCCAAGAGCUUCUGUACGCUGGCAUGCCCAUUUCGGAUGUGUUCAAGGAGGAGAUUGGUAUCGGUGGUGUCAUGUCCCUCCUGUGGUUCCGACGCCGCCUGCCUGACUACGCCUCCAAGUUCCUGGAGAUGGUCCUCAUGCUCACGGCCGAUCACGGUCCUGCCGUGUCUGGUGCCAUGAACACCAUCAUCACCACCCGUGCCGGCAAGGACCUGAUCAGCGCGCUGGUCAGCGGUCUGCUUACUAUUGGUUCUCGAUUCGGUGGUGCCCUGGAUGGUGCUGCGGAGGAGUUCACCAAGGCCUUUGACAAGGGCCUCAGCCCGCGUGACUUUGUCGACUCGAUGCGCAAGGCCAACAAGCUCAUCCCGGGUAUUGGCCACCGUAUCAAGUCGCGGAACAACCCUGACCUGCGUGUCGAGCUGGUCAAGGAGUUCGUCAAGUCCAGGUUCCCCAGCACCAAGCUGCUCGACUACGCCCUGGCUGUCGAGACCGUCACCACGUCCAAGAAGGACAACCUGAUCCUGAACGUCGACGGCUGCAUCGCCGUCUGCUUCGUCGAUCUGCUCCGCAACUGCGGUGCUUUCAGCAGCGAGGAGGCUGAGGACUACCUGUCCAUGGGUGUCCUGAACGGUCUGUUCGUGCUCGGCCGGUCGAUUGGUCUGAUUGCCCACUUCUUGGACCAGAAGAGACUGCGCACCGGUCUGUACCGUCACCCAUGGGACGACAUUACCUACCUGCUGCCCAGCCUCGCCCAACAGGGACGUCCAGGCGGCGAGGGCCGUGUGGAGGUGCAGGUGUAA